AUGGCAGCUGACGACAAGGCGCUUUGCCACGCGCUGUCGCAAAUCCAGGUAUGUAGCCACCGAGCCUCACUGGGCUCCAGCGACAAGGGCAUUGACGCGCCCUUUCUGGAGCGGCUCUCCCGCCUAGCAGCCAGCGGCAUCACCUGCUACGACGUCGACGUCACCGCCACUGCCGAGGGGCAGCUCGUAGUCGGCUACCCCAACCACAUCAUCACCGAGCAUCUCCGGCGUGCGAUAACCCUGACUUCCAUUUUCCUAGGAUGUAUUCCUGAGCUGGCACAUGGGGGCUUCGGCGGCCGCGUGGUCUCGGCCGCAAGGUGA